AUGAAGCAAAAGUACCAAGGAUCCACCAAAGUGAAGAGAGCACAGUUGCAGGCAUUGAGGAAAGAGUUUGAAAUGCUGAAUAUGAAGGAAGGAGAAAAGAUCGAUAGCUUUCUUGCACGAACUCUGGCAGUUGUGAACAAGAUGAGGGUGAAUGGUGAAGAUAUGAAUCUAAGCAUAGUAGUGGUUAAGGUUUUGAGAUCUUUGACUCCAAAAUUCAAUUACGUUGUUUGUUCAAUUGAGGAGUCAACUGAUUUAGAUACCAUGACCAUUGAUGAGCUCCAUGGAAGUCUGCUUAUUCAAGAACAAAGAAUGUAA